AUGAGCAGUCCGCAGAGCCCCUCUCCCCACCGAUGGUUCAAAGAGCUGCGAAGGACCAGGCAGGGGGAGCCCUGUUUGAAGACAUACCCUCUAGAAUGUGAGGGUCUCCUGAGAAGGGCGAGAGUCACCUUUCAAGCUGGACACACCCUCAAAGAGAGCUUCAGAGUGGCACAGCUGGAGGCCGUGGUGCGGAUGCUGGAGGAACACGAGAGUGACUUUGUGGAUGCUCUUGGAAAAGACCUUAAUAAGCCAAGGUUUGAGGCAGUUGUGUCAGAACUUAUUCUCGUCAAGAAUGAGGCCCUGUAUGCCAUCAACAACCUUAAGAAGUGGAUGCAGCCGCAGCAUGUGGAAAGAAACCUGUCCACGACGUUAGACGAGUGUCUGAUGGUCAGUGAGCCGCUGGGGGUUGUGUUUAUCGUGGGGACCUGGUGCAGCCCUGUGGAAACGUGUCUGGUGCCUCUGGUAGGGGCCAUUGCAGCAGUCCCUUAUUAUCUGAUCAUUUGA